CUAUGAGUGUGCUCUGUUCUUGUUUGUUCCUGAAAGUUGAACAAGGACAGAGGACGCUCAUAGCGCUAAAUAGCGUCUCCCCGAACACGGCCUAUGAAAGGUCUGCAACCAAAAAGAAAGAGAGAGAGCAUUUGAACGCAGUCGUAAAGUUGUGAGAACUAACCUAAAAUAAUCACUAUCAUAACUGUAUUGUGUGUAUGUGAAAUAUUUUAUAUUUUUAGAUAAAUUAUAAAAACAGCAAAUCUUGUCAACUUAUUGUUUGUGGUAUCCAUAAAGAAUAUGUGACAAAGAUAUAUAUUAUAGUAGAAAAUGAUAGUCAGGCAUUUGGCACAUGUACCUAUGUCGUAUCUAUUGAGGACUUCGCUGCAACUCCAGAAACCGCUAUGUUCAGAAAAAUAUUUGUUUCUCGGGAUAUUUGCCUGCCAAAAGAAGCUAUUACACAAAGAUAUAAAAAUAUUUGAUCAUACUUGUGAGAUAACAACUUACAAUGAUUACCGAUUAAAUUACAAGCCUGUCAUAAAUAUUGUGAUACAAACUCUUAAAGAGAUACUGAAUAUAUCAACGCACGAGACAAACAGAAUUUUAGCAACAUAUCCGCAGCUUAAGAACAGAUCUAGAAUAAAUAUUCUGAAUAAUUAUUACAACCUGGUAGAAGCUGGUGUACAGCAGAGUGCUAUUAGAAAGAAUAUCUGGUUAUUGGUCCAUAAUGACAUCAAACUCAAAGAAAAACUCAACUGUAUUAGCACUCUUAAUAUGAAUAACGAAGAACUUAUACCAUGGCUACGUUUGACUCAAGAUAAAUUAGUGAAUAAUAUAAACUAUAUCCAGACCGAUCCAAUACCUUAUACAUACAAUAAGAUUGAAUAUCUUGCUUAUAGAUUGGAGUGUAGUAUAGAGGAAUUAUGUAAACUAACAGUACAAAAUCCAUUCAUAUUGAGAAUUCCUAUUCCUUACAUAGACAAAAAAUUGAAUGUAUUGCAUGAAUAUGAUGUGAAUAAUAAAAAUAUAUUGAAGAAUUUAUGGGUACUUCGAUAUAGUGAAAGUCAUAUACGCCAUAAGUGUGAAUUGUACAAAAAUACAAGAAAUCCAGAAAUAUGGGCUACAAGACCACUUAAGGCUGUAACGAGAGUUGUUCAGAAAAAUGAUGCAGGACAAAAUUAUAACAUUAACCAGUAUUUAUUAAAUAAAUUAAAUAUUAAACAAAAAGAUCUGAACAAUUUUACCGCAAAGUGGCCGAAUAUAUUACGAAUAAAUUCAAGAAAAUUAGACAAAAUAAUUACCAUAUUAUAUAAGAAUGGUAUUACUAGCAAUGAAAUAAUCGAAAGUGGAGCACAAAUCUUUUUCUUUAGCCAAGAUACUAUACAGAAACGAGUGGAGAUUUUGAAUGAAAGAAAUAUAUUUAUGAGAAUCUCUGUGCUAAAACUGUCUAACAAAUUGUUUGAACGAUAUAUAGAAAAAGAUGAUACAUCUAAAAAAAGAAAUCAAUUGAUGCAAUAUCAUCAAAAUAACAAGAAAUAUUUGAUGUGUAAAUUAAAUGUCGACAAAAAGACUAUUGCAAAGUUUCUCAAGAAGUGGCCACGCGUCAUAAAAGUAGACAUACUAAAGCUGGAAGAAAUGUUCAACAUGUUGUAUCAAUAUGGUUUUACGAAUAACGAUAUAAUAACACAUGGACAGAUUGUCCAUUAUAAGGUAGAAACUCUUCGCAAGCGAAUAGAAACGUUAAAAGAAGCUGGCAUAAUACCAAAAAUCACUGUAAUAAUGUUCAAUAGACAGGAUUUUGAUCGUUUUAUGAGGUUACACACAAUGGCAAAAUAAUAAUACAUAUAGAACAAAAAUAUAUUGUAUUUAUUUUCUCAAACCUACCUAGUCUUUUAUAGUCGUAUAAAUUUAAAAUAAUUCUCUAC